AUGGCCGCCUACUACGUCGUCAGCUCACCCACGCCCGCCACGGAAGCCGCCGGCCCUUCUCUCCCGCUUGCCGUGGGGAGGUUGGACGACGAAGUUGUGGGAUUCUCCCUCGACCAUUCGGCCGUCGCAGCAGGCAGGCUCGGUGACCGGGUGCAGUGGGCUGCAGAAGUUUCUGUCGUCUUGGACGGCGGCGAGUAUCGCCUGAAUCGCCAGGAUUGGCGCUCACGACCUCAGCCGGAACCCUCGACGGCGGCAGACGGGACCCCCUUCUCCGGCUUCUCAGUCUUCGUUGACACAGUCGCCAUAAAAGCGGUACAGGAGGAGACUGAGGGGGCGUACAAACCUGCGGAGCAUCGCCUCUACCGGUUUACUUUCGAGAUCCGACGCUUGGCGAGUUUCCCUGCGUUGGAGAUGACCAAACUUCUCGAAUGCCUUCCCGCGAUCGACCUUUCCGCAACGCCCUUCGACGUUCGCCUCUUCUUCCCAAACGUGCGCGAAGGCGGAGCAGAACUCUGGGCAGAGUCCCAGUUUCUUGCCAAAGCGUCGCCGUACUUUGCGACUCUGCUCGGCUCCGAGUUUCUCGAGUCGUCUGUGCGCCAUACGAAGCGACCACGCCUUGUCGAGCGAGAAGCGGUGGCUGGUCCUGCAUCUUCCGAGGACUACAAGGACUUUGACGACUCGGAUGACGAGACGGACGAGCUUUACUUCAAGACGAUGCCGUCGCUGCAGCAUGAGCACGAAGGCGACUGCCCUCUCGAGUACAAGCAGAUCACGAUUCCGCACACGGCCUUCACGACCUAUCGCGCCGUCCUCGCGUAUCUCCGCACCGGCACAAUCGUCUUUGCGCCACUCACUUCAUCCAGUCAAGCCCACUACCAGGGUGGCGCCUCCCGCUUCGACAACUUGCCCGACCGCAUUAGGACGAACCGGCCUUUCCCGACUUCUCCAAAGUUGGCCUACCGCCUCGCUCACCUCCUCGAGCUCGAAAGCCUGCAAGAGAUGUGUCUCGCCCAGCUUGGACGGUUCUUGACGGUUGACAAUGCGCCUGCGGAGCUCGUUGACGACGCCUCGCUCUGCUUCGCGCCCUGGCGGAAGGUGAUCAUCGACUUCAUCGUCAAGAACGGUGACGGCGUUACCAAGUCGGUGAGCUGGAUGCGGCUUCAGCGAGCGAUCGAAGCUGGCGAGAUGCCGCACUCGGCGCCCGUUCUUCUCGAACUCUUCAACCGCCAGCGUGCGGCCGCCAAGGGCUAUUGA